AUGACAUGAAAACACACUUUUCUCUUUGCAAGUCAUAUGCAGUUGACAAAUUUUAAGAUGUACUGAUAAAAAUGUAAUAUUUUAAACAAAUAGUCAACCUCUCUCUGCUGUCAGAGACUGUAGAAACAUAUUCAGUGCUUUAAUGUCAGCUGUUUGAGGGACUGAUUCUAUUCAAAGCCAUGCUUUGUGAAGGUUUACUGCUGAGCAUGACCUACGGCGAACUGGAGGAGCUGGACUCCCUCCCUCCUCAGAAAGCUCUCCAGAGUUCUUUAAGGCAGACGAAUACAGCUGCCACUUUUGUACCAGACAGCAGCAGACACACUCUACACGUCCAUCACAGUUCUGCAAACCAGACAGACGGUACAAACAAGAGGAGAACUUCAGUGGAGCUGCACAUUUCUCCACUGCAGUCCUUGAAUCUACAGAGAGCCAUGCCAGACAGACAGAUCUCUCCUGAGAUAGAGAUCCCAGCCCAGGCUCAUUCAGGUGGAGAAGGCCCUUUCUUGGUUCCCUCUUUCUGUCACAGCAUCUGGCAGAACUACAGCGACCUCCACAUCGGAGGUGACCAGGUGCUUCCUCUCUUAGCCAGUGAGGGUGAACUCCGACUCUGUACUGACAAACAAGCUAUGGGCCCCUUCCUCCAGUCAUGUGACGUCCCCCCGGCAGUGGAGGAUUCUCCCCCACAGCCAUCCUCUCAGGGUGGGGUUGUGUGUCCACAGAGGGGAGGUUCGAACCGGUGGAGACUCGGGAGUGGACGUGAUCGCAGCUUUUUGUUCCAGGAGCGUGAAGGGCCGUUCUCCAACUCCCUUCUUAAUCACUACCUGGAGGAAAAACUCCUAGAUCUGUACCAGCAAUACAUGAUGGAGAACAUGGCUAGGGGAGGGGCCACCGGUUCGGAUUCAGGCCCUAUUUGUCCUCUGCUGGGCUCAGAGCUGGUCCUCACAAGCCUGGAUCAGAUCACUUUGCAGUUGAGUCGGGAUGGAAACCUGGAGGCUGGACUGGCCAAGGACAUGGUCCUGAGCUGCCUGCUGCGGGUGGCAGGUGACAUGCAGUCGAGUGAGAUCAGCACUCCUAUUCUGCAGCUUUCAGAUGAGGCAUCCAAGGAGCAGCCCUCAGAUUAUAAGGAACAGUAACCCCAGUGUCAAGGAACUCGCUCGUUCUCCUUUUCAUUUUGGUUUUAUCACCAAAAAGAUGAGACUGAUGAGUUUUUUUUCAUCGUUAACUGUCGAUGGAGUAUUAAAUGUGUCAUUACCAGGACAAUGUGAACUCUUGUCCCCUUCACCUGUUACACUUCGUUUGCAUUUUAAUAUCCAAGCAUUCAGUUUGCGUAUGUGUGCAGCAAUUUUCACUCGACAACUCACAGUAAAGAGGAACUGAAAGCUGAAACUGAUCUUUACAGUUUUGUGAGUUGAAGCCCAUGUGAAGGAAAUCCAGACAUGUUUCUCAACACAUCAUAUUACAAAAUAUUGUCUGGAUACAAACAAAAAGACUGAACCAUAUGAUACAGACUGUUCACCAUAUUCUGUUACCCUAACAUUAUAAUAUUGUAAAACCUUAUAUAACAUGACAUCAUCUGUAGUAUCAUGGUCCUGUUUUCUACAUUUCUUUGCCUUUCUAUGUGGACUAGCACUUUGGCUAAAUAUGUGUCAGUGGUUCAUUUCAGGAGAAGAUCAUGUCAGCCCACAGGUAUAAAAACAUAUAACAAAAGCAUAUAUCACUGUUUACCGAAAAAUAUGUCAAUAAGCGAUACCUAAUAAACU